CCUGGCCAGGAGGCAUUGUGAGUCAUAGCCGGCAGACAAGUGGGGUGAAGUGAUCCAGAAAUGGGGCCAGGCCUGGGACAGCAGCUUGGGCACCUCCACCACAUCUUCCAGCAGUGCCACUGGCUCGCCUCCAUCAAUUCCAGGACAGCAGGGCUCCGGACACCCACGCGCUCCGCGUGGCCCACCCACACUUCGCCCUGGAGGCCUUCGAGUCCCUGGUCGCGGGCCACGCGAGCCACCUGUGGGAGGAGCUGCGGCAGUUCUGGGCCGACCACUUCUCGCGCCGCUUCUCGCCGCGGAGGCCGCCGCUGCGCCACUUCUCAUCCAUGUCCACCUUCUACCUGCUGGACCACCGCACGCGCCAGGCCGAGCUGGGGUUGAACUACGGCGCGCCGCGCACCCGACUCAGCAACGAGGAAUUCGUGUUCCGCGGCGGCCGCUGGACCGCGGAGGAGGAGUGUCACGCCCGCCCGCGGUCGCCGCCGCCCUCGCCCACCGGCUCGGCCUGGGAGCCGCAGGUGCAGCCGAUCAAGAGCCAGGUGCUGCUGGAGGAGAACAACUACCUGAAGCUGCAGCAAGAACUGCUCAUGGACAUGCUGACCGAGACCACCGCGCGCCUGCACCUGCUGGAGAAGAAGGUGGACGCGGACGUAGUUCCCGAGGCCGCGGCGCGCGCCUGGCAGAGGAAGAUGCGCAAGCACGGGGGCGCGGGCGUGCUUAUGAUCCCGGCGCGCGCUCUGGAGUCGCGGUGACGCAAUAAAGCCAUGCAGAAAGCCGA